AUGGAGAGAAGGUCCUUGAUCUUCUUCUGUCUCCCCGUCUGGGCUGACUCGGCCUCUAUGUAUGGAGAGAUCUUGUCACCCAAUUUUCCUCAGGGGUAUCCCAAUUAUGUGAACAAAACUUGGCAAAUCCAGGUCCCUUUGGGGUAUGGCAUUCACCUUUAUUUCACACAUCUGGAUCUUGAGCCAUCACAGGACUGUGAAUAUGACUUUGUGAAGAUCCUGUCUGGUGGUUAUGUUGAAGGUGUGCUUUGUGGGCAGAAGAAACAUCGCACCCCUGGCUCCAGGAUUGUGGAGGAAUUUCAUGUGCCUUACAACACCCUCACUGUCACAUUUCAAUCAGACUUCUCCAAUGAGGAACGUUUCACUGGUUUUGCUGCCUACUACACUGCUGUGGACUUGGAUGAGUGCAUGGAUUUUGUGGAUGAGCCCUGCAGUCAUUACUGUAAUAAUUAUAUUGGAGGUUACUUCUGCAGCUGUCCACCAGAUUAUUUCCUCUAUGAAGACAACAAAACUUGUGGAGUCAACUGCAGUGGAAAUGUCUUCACUGAGCCAACAGGGGAGAUUGCCAGCCCCAACUAUCCCAACCAGUACCCGGAGAACUCUCGGUGUGACUACCGAGUGGCUCUGAGCCCAGGCUACUUCGUGGUGCUGACCAUUCGCAGCGGGGACUUCGACAUGGAACCAGCCGACUCCAACGGGACCUGCCACGACAGCCUAACAAUUGUCUCUGGAAAACAGCGUUUUGGUCCCUAUUGUGGCAGCAAAUUCCCAGGUCCUCCUGAAAUCAAAACCAGGAACAACAUUCUUGACAUAAUCUUCCAGACAGACCACAGCACACAACACAAAGGCUGGAAAAUACGCUACUAUGGGGACCCUGUAACCUGUCCCACGAGUGUCAUCUCCAACUCUGUUCUUGACCCAAAGAAGGACCGGUAUAUCUUAAAGGACACUGUGAAGGUGACCUGUGCGGAAGGCUACGAAAUUGUGAGGCAACGAGAUAGCAUCACAAGUUUUCUCUCCAGCUGUCAGGAGAAUGGUGAAUGGAGCAACUCCCAUUUGAGCUGUGUUCCUGUGAACUGUGGUGAUCCCCCUCCUGUUGACAAUGCCCAAACCUCAUAUGUCUCUGAGCUCCUCGAGCCUCUGUACACAGCUGCUGUCCGCUACCAGUGUGAGGCACCCUACUACACCCUGGAAAACCAAGGGCAUGAGAUAUAUCAGUGCUCAGCCAGUGGAGAAUGGGUCAAUGAAGAGAUGGGAACAAAGUUACCAAAAUGUGUCCCAGUCUGUGGGGUGCCUAGUAAUCCCAUCCGAGACACAGGAAGGAUUUUUGGAGGCACCCGUGCGGAAAAGGGCAACUUUCCCUGGCAGGUGUACUUCAACGACCCCAGGGCAAGUGGAGUGCUCAUCUCUGACAGAUGGGUGAUGACUGCAGCUCACGUGCUGGAGGGUUAUGAUAAACCCACCAUGUAUGCUGGGGUAAUCAAUGUUCGUAGAGAAUCCCUGAAGUGGGAAGCCGAAAAACUUAUCCCAGAAGCCUCAUUCAUCCAUCCUGGUUGGAAGGAAGAGCCCACGGAAACCAGGGUCGAUUUCGAUAAUGAUAUUGCACUACUGAAGCUGAGGGAUCCCGUGAAGAUGGGCCCAAACAUCUCACCCAUCUGUCUUCCUGGUAAAUCACCUGAAUACGAGCUGCAAGAAGGGACUCUGGGCUACAUUGCUGGAUGGGGCCGGAGAGAGAAAGGAAAACUCCCUGGUGAUCUUUGGAAGGCGCAGAUUCCCGUGGUGAACAUGGACAAGUGCCGAUCUGUGAAACCGGACUACUCUGAUGAUUCCGUCGUUUACAUAUUCACCGACAAUAUGAUCUGUGCUGGUGGUGGCAAGGACAGCUGCCAGGGGGAUAGUGGUGGAGCCUACGCCAUCCAGGAUCCUCUGAAUGCCACCCGCUACUACGUCGCGGGUCUCAUCUCCUGGGGGCCAAAAUGUGGCACCUUCGGUCUUUACACCAAGGUGGUGCGUUACUUGGACUGGAUCAGAGAGACCAUGAGCAAGCACGAGGAUGAGGAAGCUUGGCAGAAGUAG